ACCCUGUCGUUUGACGUUCUCAUGGCUGGUGCGGAGAAGUAGCUGUAGCUAAGCAGAAUCGAAACAUAAUUACGUGUGCUCCUGUUCUGGAUAAGUUUUAUAAUUCUAUGCAGUUUUACCCUUAUUAUAAAAAUACACUUAAAAAAUACACCACACAGUCAUGCGGCGAACUAAGGACGAAGUGGACCGCUAUAUUUCUUCGGUACAGAGUUCCUCGCCUUCACUGAAAGAGAAACCAAUAAAAGGAUUUUUAUUUGCUAAAUUGUACUUCGAGGCUAAGGAGUACGAACAUGCUAAAAGACAUGUAUCAGCGUACCUGACGAUAGCGGAGAGAGAUCCUAAAGCCCACAAGCUCUUGGGCCAGCUUUAUGAGAGGGAAGGAGAUAUCAACAAAGCAGUAGGAUGUUACAAGCGUUCUGUGGACCUGAACCCAGCCCAGAAGGACCUGGUUUUGAAGGUGGCUGAGCUGCUGGUCAGUAAGACAGAGAGAGACAGCAGAGCAGAGUUCUGGGUGGAUAAAGCUGCAAAGUUACUGCCUGGAAACCCCGCUGUCUUCAACCUUAAGGAGUGUCUUUUGAAUCGGCAAGGCCAGCAGGGAUGGAACCAGUUGUAUGACUUACUGCAGGCAGAGCUGGCAGUGAGGCCUAGCGAUGCCCAUAUCAACGUCAAGCUUGUUCAGCUGUUCUCCUCUGAUGGCAGACUGGAGGAAGCUGUUAAACACUGUCUGGCUACGGAGAAGAGAGGCCUGCUCAGAUCCAACCUGGACUGGUACUCUACUGUUGUGCGCACUUUACAGGAGUUUCUAGCCCAGCCCAGUGUUUUAUCCAAUGAGAAGACGAGUCGAUGUCUACAUAGAGAACUACUCUUGGCCCGAUGCAGCCUUUUGAGACUGACCCUCUCGGGAAAAGGACUGCAGCCCAGUGUCGAGGCCCUCAGAAGUUUUGACUGUGCUAUGCAGGGCCUGCGGAAGGCUGCCCCCAGUGUAACGGAUGAUCUGUCUGAGGUCUACGUGGAGAUGAGGGGACAUCUGUACCUGCAUGCUGGCACUCUGCUACUGAAGAUGGCUCAGGAGAGAGAGCAGCAAUGGAGGGCCGUCGUUGACCUGGCCGCUCUCUGCUAUCUACUGGCCUACCAGGUCCCCCGGCCGAAGACCAAGGUGUGUAAAGGGGAACAGUCUCAGCCCCUGGAGCUGCUGGCCAGUGACCGACAGAGCCAGGCUGGACACAUGCUGCUCAACCUCAACCCCAACACGCACGCCUUUGUCAGAGAGGUGGUGGAGGCGUUUGGUAACCGCAGUGGUCAGGGCUCUCUGUUCGAGGUGCUGUUCGGCCCUCAGGCUCCUGCUGGGACUUCCUUCAUCGGCAACGACGACAUCCGCUCUAUUAACACACAGGCCCCAGAGAUAUCGGACCUCAUCAAGUGGGAUAACGGCUCUAUCCAGCUCCACGGCGGGGACCUCCAGCAGCUUUGUUGGCUAGGCCUCCAGUGGUCUUUUCUGGCCCAGAGGCCAGCUCUGAGGGACUGGCUCAAACAGCUGUUUCCCAGGCUCACCCUGGAGACCUCAAAACUGGACACCAACGCACCAGAGUCUAUCUGCCUGCUAGACCUGGAGGUGUUUCUGAGUGGGGUGGUGUGGUGCAGUCACACCCAGUUCCAGGAGAGUGCCAAGAUCAGCUCUACGGGUCAACAGCACCUCCACGAGCCCCGCUGCCUCCCCCUGCCCCUCCUCCGCCUCCUCUCCACUGACCGACAAAGGGACUGGUGGGAUGCCGUCUACAGCCUCAUACACAAACGAGCUGCCCCUGGCAUGUCAGCCAAACUAAGGAUGACCGUUCAACAUGGACUGAGCACCUUACGAGGCGGAGAGAAACACGGCCUUCAACCAGCCCUGCCCAUACAUUGGGCCCAGCAACUCAGCUCCACGGGGUUAGCGGUUAACUCGUACUAUGACCAGAAGGACUAUAUAGGACGCUGUGUCCACUACUGGAAGAUGGUGCUCCCUCUGUUGGACAAGAUCAAGAAGAAGCGCAGCAUCCCUGAACCCUUGGACCCCAUGUUCAUACACUUCCCCUCUAAAGUCAUUCAGAUUUCUUCAGUGAAGUGCUUUGAGGAGGAGGCCAUGAUAGCUUUCGCAGUCCUCCUGGACAUUGAGGGGAAGACCGAGGAAGCUAUUGCUACCCUGGAGGCCAUCAACAACAUUUCCUCCAACUGGCACCUCGCUAGGAUUUUUCAGCGUUUGUCUGAGGAGGCCGGGAGCGGGGUGGAGGAGACACAGGACAGGUGUGUCAUGUUCCUCAGGAAGUUCAGAACUUACCUGUCCAAGGUCUACAACGCCAAUGCGGAUGACAUGGACAAGCUGCCUGUGUCAAUGGAGGAGGUCAUGGAUCUCCUGAACGAUGUGAACCAGCAGUUGGGCGAAAGUGGAGAAGCAAUGGAUGAAGAGGAAGAGGACGGUGGACCUGUUCACUCUAGCCCUCAGUUCACUGAGCCUGCUUCCUCUGGCUCUCACGUCAGAUUUGCUCCAUUAACACCGUCCCCCAGCCGAAGCUUAGUCUCUCCCUCCAAAAGACACCUGAUUUCCCCCAAAACGCCACCUUAUUGGGCAGAGGACCAAAAGUCCCUCCUGCAAAAGCUCUGCCAGCAGGUGGAGGCCCUCAAGAAUGAGGUCCAUGAUUUGAGACACAACUCCUCGGACAGCCUGAUGUCACCCCGCCAAAGAAUUUAUGGAGAGGGUUAUGGGGCUGAGGGCAUGCAGGAGGGCUAUCCCCCGCCACAGGCCUUCCAUGGAGCUCCCCUUACAGUUGCCACCACCCAGGCACCCUCUAUGUAUUUCAAUCAGUCCACUGCUUAUAACUCUGGCCAGUAUCUUCUUCGUACGGCAGCCAACGUCACCCCUACAAAGGCUCCUGUGUAUGGAAUUAACCGCCUGCCACCUCAGCAGCACAUGUAUGCGUACCAGCAGCCCACAAACACACCUCCCCUUCAGUCAACACCAGCCUGCAUCUACACUCCUCAAGACCAGGUCUUUGGUGCUCCUCUCCGCUUUGAGUCACCGGCAACAAGUCUCCUGUCCCCAUACAGUGAGGAGUACUACGGCCACACUCAGCCCACGACCAACCCACCCCUCCCUGAGCCUGGCUACUUCACAAAGCCCUCCGUCGUACCUGUACAACAACCAAAGAGUGUUGAAGGGAAGCCUGUUGACUUUGGGAAGAUCUCUUUUGGCCAGCCGAUCCCUGCUGAGCCUUCUAAGGUGCCUAGCUUUGGUGCUGGAGUAGUUGCCCAGUCCACACCAUCAGCUGCCUUUAAAUUUAAUUCCAAUUUCAAAUCUAAUGAUGGGGACUUCACCUUCAAGGCAAAAAACAGUGAGAGCCUUUUGGGGCUUCUGACAUCUGAUAUGCCCAGCAAAUCUGAGAGCCCCUCAGAGGGAAAGCUCCUUGACCCUCCUAGCCAGGGUGGAAUAUUUACCUUUGGCACGAAAAGCACAGCAGGGCUGUCUUUCGGUGAUGCAGCCCUGACUCAGGACAAACCAAACCUGUUUGGAAAAAUUGACCAGCCAUUUAGUUUUACAAAUGUGACCAAGCCAAUAUUUGGGCUGGCAAACCGUGCAGAGGAGGAGAAAGGAGCUGAGAGUGAUAAUGACAGCACCCAUGUGGAGGAAGAUGAGGAUGGACCUCACUUUGAGCCCAUUGUGCCCCUACCUGACAAAGUAGAUGUCAAGACUGGAGAAGAGGAAGAGGAGGAAAUGUUCUGUAACAGGGCUAAGCUUUUUAGAUUUGAUGCAGAGACAAAAGAGUGGAAAGAAAGGGGCAUCGGUUUAGUCAAAAUCCUUAAGCAUAAUACAUCCGGGAAGGUUCGUCUGCUAAUGAGGAGGGAGCAGGUUCUGAAGAUCUGUGCUAACCACUACAUCACUCCAGAUAUGCUUCUGAAACCAAAUGCCGGAUCUGACAAGUCCUGGGUUUGGACUGCCAUUGAUUAUGCGGAUGAAGAACCAAGGACUGAACAACUGGCCAUCCGGUACAAAACAUCAGAUGAGGCAUUGCUCUUCAAGAUGAAGUUUGAAGAGGCUCAGAAGAUUGUUCCCAAGUCUCCAAAAAAGCAGCAAGAUGCGACAGGUGGCAAAGAAACUUUUCAACCCUCAGCCCCACAGGAAACUAGCUUUGCUGCUCAGUUUGCAAGGAAGGAUGGGGAAUGGGACUGUGAUGUUUGCUGUAUUAGAAAUGUAUCUACAGCAAUGCAGUGUGUUGCCUGUCAGUCUACCAACCCUAAUGCCCCAACAGAGCCUGACAGUAAGCCAGCUACUAAAACAAAAGGUUUUACUAGUGGGUCGGCUUCAGUGGGAGGAUUUACUUUUGGAUUUGGAGCUGACUCAUCAAAAGACAGUAGCUGUUCAGGUUCUUUUGGAAAGGGCUUUGGUAGUUUUGGAGCUCAGAUACCAUCUUCCUUUACAUUUGGAACCAGUGGCACAACCUCUAUACCCGCUACGGGUUUUGGAGACUCAUUUGGUAAAAAGCAAGAAACUACAGUAGAAAUACAAUCAAAGCCAUCGACUGUGCCAUUUGGCUCUGGGUUUGGUGCCCAGUUUGGCAAAAAGCCAGGACAAUGGGAGUGUAACACUUGCCUUGUUAUAAAUGAGGCAUCUGCAAGCAGUUGUGUUUCUUGUCAGACUCCUAACCCCUCAGCAAAGUCAACUGUAGAGGUAGCACCAACACCAAAACCAACUGUUUCAGGCUUUGGUACACUCUUUGCUAAGAAGGAUGGACAAUGGGACUGUGACUCCUGUCUUGUGAGGAAUGAUGCAUCUGCCACCAAAUGUGUUUCUUGCCAAACACCCAACCCAAAUGCUAGCAGCACCCGCUCCCUUGGGGCAAUGUUUGCCAAGCAGGAGGGACAGUGGGACUGUGACACAUGUCUUGUCCGAAACGAGGUGUCUGCUAAUCAGUGCAUCUCUUGUCAGACACCCAACCCCAACGCUAAGAGCACAGCCACAGCAGCCCCCUCCAGCUCAUCCUUCAGCUUUAGCUUUGGAAGUCGAAGUGCGUCUACACAGCCUGCCGGUACUGGAUUUAAAUCAAACUUAAACAGUGGCAGCACUUUUCAGUUUGGGACAAGCAAAGAUGACAGAAGUUCCCCGGCUUCCUUCAAGUUUGAGACCCCUCCUCAGUCUGAAAGCAGUGCCCCCAGUGCUGCAGGCUUCUCUUUCACCAUGCCUGUUCCAGCAGGUGGCUUCAAGUUUGGCAUUCAGGAAGCUGCAAAGGAAACCCCACCAGCUAGAACUGAGAGUCCUGCUUCAGGGUCUGCGUCCAUGUUCCUGAAGAGUAUUGCAGAGCAGCACAAAGCGAAGGAUUCAGUUGUCAGUGUGUCUGCAACCGUGCCAUCAGUGGGCAAGGUGGAUCAUGUUGAGAACCCCCUCUUCACUGGCAAAUCCAGUGAUUUCAGUUUUGCAGACUUGGCUAAAAACUCACAAGGAGACUUCCAGUUUGGACAGUCUGACCCCAAUUUCAAAGGCUUCACCCGUGCUGGUGAGCAGCUGUUCUCUUCCCUUCAGUCAAACCAGAGGUCAGAAAUCUCUGCUGACCAGGAUGAGGAGGAUGUAUACAAGACAGAGGAGAAUGACGACAUCCAGUUUGAGCCUGUGGUCCAGAUGCCUGAGAAAGUGGACCUUGUCACUGGAGAGGAGGACGAACAAGCCCUCUACUCCCAGAGAGUGAAACUUUUCAGGUUUGACGGAGAAACCAGCCAGUGGAAGGAGAGGGGCGUAGGGGUCCUGAAAUUUUUAAAGAACGCCACCAAUGGCAGGCUCAGAGUGCUGAUGAGGAGAGAGCAGGUCCUGAAGGUGUGUGCCAACCACUGGAUCACCACCACCAUGAACCUGAAGCCCUUGGCCGGCUCUGACAAAGCGUGGAUGUGGUUGGCUAAUGACUUCUCUGAUGGUGACGCCAGACUCGAGCAACUCGCUGCCAAGUUUAAAACCCCUGAGUUGGCAGAGGAGUUCAAGCUGAAGUUUGAGGAAUGCCAGCGGCUCCUUCUGGACAUCCCACUGCAGACACCUCACAAGCUUGUUGACACAGGCCGAACUGCUCAUCUCAUCCAAAAGGCAGAGGAGAUGAAAUCCGGUUUGAAAGACCUUAAAUCCUUCCUGACUGAUGACAAAACAAAGAUCAAGGAAGAUGACAGUCGGGCUAACAUCACAACAGCCAGUAACACCUCUGGUCUGAUCAUCAAGCCCCAUGCAGAGAGCACUGGGCCUACCUUAGAAUGGGAUAACUAUGACCUGAGAGAGGAGGCACUGGACGACAGUGCUGACACCUCUGUUUAUGCUUCACCUCUAGAGAGCAGCCCAAUCAGGAAAAACCUCUUCCGCUUUGGAGAAUCCACACCUGGCUUCAACUUCAGCUUCCAGCCUGUUGUCAGUCCUGCAAAGUCACCAGCCAAACUAAACAAGAGUGGGGUGUCUGUAGAUGAGGAGCAGGAUGUUACCCAGGAGGAAGAGAGGGAUGGCCUUUACUUUGAGCCUGUGGUUCCUCUGCCAGACCUGGUAGAGAUCUCAACUGGGGAAGAGAAUGAAAAUGUGUGUUUUAGCCACAGGGCAAAGUUAUAUCGCUAUGAUAAAGACCUGAACCAGUGGAAGGAAAGGGGAAUUGGAGACCUCAAGAUACUCCAAAACUAUGACACCAAACGAGUUAGACUUGUUAUGAGGAGAGACCAAGUCCUGAAGAUCUGUGCUAACCACUGGGUCACAUCAUCUAUGAAGUUGGAGCCCAUGAAGGGUGCUGAGAAGGCCUGGGUCUGGAGUGCUGUUGACUUUGCUGAGAUACCUGAGGGAAAUGUGGAACAGUUAGCAGUGAGAUUCAAACUGCAGGAUGUGGCCAACUCUUUCAGAGACAUAUUUGAAAAGGCUAAAGCUGCCCAGGAGAAUGACAUUCUGGUCACUCCUAUAACACAAAAUGACGCUCCCUCUCAGGUAACAACGACAGGGCCAUCAGUGUGUGGAAAGGCUGCAGUGGCCAUCCUGGAGGAGACUACCAGAGAAAGGACAGAUUCAUCUCCUGAGGCUUUCCACACCCCAGACAGCAGGACUGCCACGCCACACACAAACCUCUCCAAGAUGAUUCCUCCACCCAAGUUCCUCUUUGGAACGGACUCUCUCCAGAAGAUCUUUGGGAACAGCCCUCCAUCCAAGGAGGACGGUUCUUCAGAAAGCUCCAAGGCUAAAGACAGUGGUCGAACCUCCCAGCCAUCACCUGCAUUCAAAAUCCCAGAUAAAGCACCUCCUCAGGCAGAGGCCGAUGAUGAUGAUGAUGAUGAUGAGGUUGAGGUGGUGUAUGAGAGGCAGCCAACAGCAGAUCAGGCUGCUCUGGCCAGGGAACUCCUGCUGCCUCUCACCUUCUUCUGUUACCAGAACGAACCAGGAUACACUAGUGACGACCAGACGGAUGAUGAGGACUUUGAGAGCGCAGUUAAAGCUCUGCUUGGAAAACUGUACCAGGAUCUACCUGAGAGAGCGAGUGCAAGCACCGGUUCUGCCCAGGCCGGUGCACAGGCUCUGGACCCGGAGAUUGAGGUGGUUUGGGAGAAGAGGCCGACUCCAGAGGAAGAGCAGAGAGCCAGGACCCUACAGUUGCCCCCAACCUUCUUCUGUGGUGUAAGCAGUGACAGUGAGACUGAGAAAGACAAGCUGGAGGACUUUGAGUCGGAAGUGCGCAAAGCGCAGGGGGAGCUGGAUUCUGAGAGAAGCGAAGAACCUGUGUCGUCUGAGGUUGUUUCUUCUAGCAUCAGUGAUCUUGUGCCAGAAGAACAUCUCCCUGCUGAGUCAUCUGAGGUUGUGUCCUCUAGCGUCAGUGAUCUUGUGCCAGAAGAACAUCUCCCUGCUGAGUCAUCUGAGGUUGUGUCCUCUAGCGUCAGUGAUCUUGUGCCAGAAGAACAAAUCCCUGAUGGGUCUGCACAAAUCACGGCCUCCAGCAGCCAGCAGCAGGCUACAGAUCAGUUAAAGACAGAUGUCCAGUCUUCCACAACAGAUACGCCCUUUUCCAUCCAGGAUGAAGUUCAGUCAUCUACAGCAGAGGCUGAUGUCCCUGUCCUAAACACUCAGAAACAGUUCCCAGAAGAAUCAUUAACCAUCCAGGAUCCCGAAGUCCAAUCUUCUACUGCAGAAGCACCAGUUCCUGUUCAGUCGUUAAUUAUCCAGGAUUCAGAAAUCCAGUCCACUACAAAAGAGCAGCGUCAGUCAGACUUGGUUCCAACACAAUCUCAGACUGCAGUCAUCAGCAGCGGUGAGCAGGCUCCAGAUCAGUCAGACUCUGCUCUCACACCGUCUCAGACUGCCGUCAUCAGCAGCGGUGAGCAGGCUCCAGAUCAGUUAGACUCUGCUCCAACACCAUCUCGGACUGCAGUCUUCAGCGUUGGGCAGCAAACUCUAAAACCUGCUGCUCAUGCUGCAGCGUUGGUGACCCCAUCAUCUGGUUUUGGAUUUGGUUUGCAGUUUGGCAAAAAGCCAGGGCAAUGGGAAUGUAACACAUGUCUUGUUAGAAAUGAGAAGUCUGCAAGCAGUUGUGUUUCUUGUCAAAGUCCAAACCCUGCAGCCAGCAGCGGUGAGCAGGCUCCAGAUCAGUCCGACUCUGCUUCUGCGUCUGCCAGCAUCAGCCCCAUAGACCUGUCUACCAAGAAGAUCUCGGAGCCUGACUCCACUACCGUUACCACGACCACUACUCAGGAAGCUCCAAGCCCAUUUGGUUUCAGCGCUCUUGGAGCGGGAGGGUUCUCCUUCGCUGAUCUGGCACAGAACACUGGGGGUGAAUUUGCCUUCGGAAAACAAGAUUCCAGCUUCUCAUGGGCAAAUGCGGGGGCGACGUUGUUUGGAGCUGCAGCCCCACCUAAAGCUGAGGGAGAGGAGGAGGGAAGUGAAGAAGAGGACGCUAAUAAUGUGGACAUUCACUUUGAACCCAUUGUCUCACUACCAGAGGUGGAGACGAAGUCAGGGGAGGAGGAUGAGGAGAUCCUAUUUAAGGAACGCACCAAGCUGUACCGCUGGGACCGCGACCUGGGCCAGUGGAAGGAGAGGGGUGUGGGCGACAUGAAGAUUCUGUUCCAUCCUGAGAAAAGAUUCUACCGUGUGCUGAUGAGGAGGGAGCAGGUGCUUAAGGUCUGUGCCAACCACACCAUCUCCCAGAGCAUGGAGCUCAAGCCCAUGAACACCUCCAAUCAGGCACUGGUCUGGACUGCUACCGACUAUGCAGAGGGUGAGGGUAAGGUGGAGCAGUUGGCUGCGAAGUUCAAAACGGCAGAGCUGGCUGAGUGUUUCAGGAAGACCUUCUGUGAGUGUCAGAGUCGUAUAAGCCAAUCGGAAGCCUCGUCCAUCUCCUCCCCACAAAUGUCAAGGGUUCAGGAACAUUCCAGAGACACCAACCCACAGGUGUACCUUGUCAUCUCUGCUGACGAUGUUCCCCUGGGAAGGGUCACCAUAGAACUCUUCUCUCACAUUGUCCCCAAGACCGCUGAGAACUUCAGAGUGCUUUGUACAGGACAGAAAGGCUUUGGGCUGCACAACUCUGUCUUCCAUAGGAUUGUACCAGACUUUAUGUGUCAGGGUGGAGACAUCACCAAACAGGACGGAACAGGGGGGAGGUCCAUUUAUGGGGACAAGUUUGAGGAUGAGAACUUUGAUGUGCGCCACACGGGCCCCGGACUGCUGUCCAUGGCUAACCGUGGGCGUGACACCAACAACUCCCAGUUCUUCAUCACCCUGAAGAAGGCUGAGCACCUGGACUUCAAACACGUGGCCUUUGGCUUCGUCAGAGAAGGUAUGGACGUGGUCCGCGAAAUGGGAGAGCUGGGAACCAAGACUGGCAAACCCAGCAAGAAGAUUGUCAUCACUGAAUGUGGACAGCUAUAGAGGGCCACUGUGGGCAAGUCCACUGGAGGGCUGAGGUCUGGUGACAAAAACGAAUGACUGCCAGCUUUAUCUCCGGUCUAUAGACUGGCCAGGGAUCGGCUUUCAAACUGAGGACCGCUACAGUAGUCAAAUCUUAAAUGAGACCCUGUUCGCUAUGUGAAGCUCACCAAGGGCUGGGAUAGUGUGCUAUGUAGGGAAUGUAGUGUCGUUUGAGACAAGCCUCCUUCCCUACCCACCAGACUCAGAGGAAAGCACAUCAGUGUCGAUCCCCAGGCUAUUUGUGUGUAUAAUGUACAUGGACAAUUUUUUUUGUCUGCUUUUUUUUUGCAUGUGUUCCAUUGAGUUGAAAGCGCUUGUUACUUCAUAAUAUUCCUAACUUGAUUGUUUUGUAUAAUUAAGUCUUAAUUGAGAUUCACAAAAGCUUGUUCAAAAAAACGUAUGUUUGGAACUGCGUUCCUCCUGCCUGUGUAUACUUUUUAGGUGUGUUUUUUUGUGUACAUUGAUUUUGUGCAAAUUGACUAUACUUUUCCAUCUUAAACUCUAAAGUUUAGGAGUACAGUAUGACAAACUAAUACCUGUUGUGAUACUGGGAAGGUGCAAAAGAAAUGUAUGGUUGGUAAAGGACACUGAUGGUAUUCUGAGACAUAAAAUGUCACAAUUUGGGAUGAGAAUACUUAUUGUUCAUAAAUAUUACAUGAUGCUGGAGAAUAUGUCAUUAGAAAUAAAGUUACUUAAACUGA